AUGAGUUUCUAUCAGAAGCUGAAGAGGUUCACCAAUAAUGCUUUUCCUGACAGGGACCGGUACCAAGAGCUGAUGUGGGUGUCCCAACUGUGGAGGGAUUUGAAACAUAGGAAAUGGUUUGGGUUUGGUCAUGAUUCUGAGCAAGAUCCUGGGCAGGGAGGACUUGCACUCUUUUGCCCUGCUUGCCCACAACCAGGUAUUAAUUUACCUCCAGAUUGGAGAACUUGCUACAGCAGUGACACUGUGAUGAGGCAAUAUGUGAUGGAUGGCAACUUCACUGCACAGCAUAUGAAAAUGAACAAGCCAGAGCUGGAUGUGUCAUUAUCAGAUGGAAAAGGCUACAUGGUUUCUGAGGCACCCUAUCAGACUCAUCUCCAGCAGUCUUUGGAUAACAAGGAGAGAUCCACCUGCAGCAAUCACAGGGCAAUCAAUGCUGCCAAUAUCAACAAGUCCAAUCUCUGGUCCACUGGCAUUGGUGCAACAGCCUGUGCAAGACAUGGUUGCUUUUUUCCCCAUUCUGUGGUGGAUUUUCAAAAAGGGGAAAGGUAUAUGAACACUGACUACUCCAUCUGCAAUGCUCUUGAUUACCAUUCCCAAAGCAUCCAAAAGGCCCUUGUCAUUUAUGAUGUAGGGUGCCAAUGGAGUAUCAACUUCUGGAGUCAGGUAAAGUCCAGCUGCUCUCUCACUCUUCCACCUGGUCUCCAAAUCAUUCCUGCUGUGGGGAAGUUUCAUCUGGCUGCCCACAAACUCUCUCGCUUUCCAAGAUAUAGCCUCAACUUUGUCAAGGGUGCUGGCCACCUGGAUGGUAAAAUUUUGGAGACAUUGUGGGCUCCAUUCAAUAAGAUCUCUCCAACUGCAAGGUCUAUGACUCAAGCCCACAGACAAGAGGUGUAUGAUGAUCAUAUGAGAGAUUCUAACUGGAAAAAAAUUGUGGGCAUAGUCCCUUCACUGCUAAAAAAAUACAAGACUUCAAACAAGUGUCUGGAGGAAAUGAAUCAGGCAUAUGAGCAGUUGACAGCUGUCCUAGACCCUAAAAUUUAUUUGUUGAAAGGGGACAAAGCCCCUACCAUGGGUGAAGUGCAGUUAAAGCUCAUGAAAAAUCCACCUUCAUCCUCAGGAAACCUUGGUUCUGUGGCUUGGCUUGCAGAAGGAAUCAGCAUAGAGGAUGCACAAGACCAGCUAAGAUCUGAGCUCCAUCAGCUUCCCAGUCUCAUGUCUACAAGACAAGAAGUCAAAGUCUCUGAGAAGAGACAGAGACUUUCUGCCAGAAUUGAGAAAUUCAAUGGCAAGGGACAAGCCUUUCUUGAAGGUUUGGAGGUAGAUGAUGUUUUCAUUUCCCAGGAUGAUCCAGCAUUCCUUGGGCAUGAAGAAGUGGAAGAUGAAGGGGAGUUCUGGGAAGAUGGAGAGGAGGACUGGGAGGCUGCAGAAGAGGAAGGAGACUUGGCUGCUGAAGUCAUGAGUAUAUGGAUGCCCUCAUCCAUUGGAGCAGCCAAACUGACAGAGCUUGGCAUUCAUGCCCUUCUCAAAGAAGAAAUGGAACUCAGGAUUGGGCAAGCUAAUGAUUGUUUAGAGGGGCUUCACACUGACCUGGGCAACAAGGCAAUGUUAUAUUGGCAGAAUUUUCAGAAUGCAAAUUCCACCAGGGAGGGUACCAGAACCAAGAAGGAGAUCCAAAAUGUGGUGUCCAGAAUAAACAAGCAUGUCAGAAGUUAUCAAAGGUCUAGGCAGGCCAUUCUUCAACUGGAACCUAAUGUUAGCAUCAGAGAAAAAUACCAGGAAAUUCUUCCUCAGGACCUUGCAGGUCAGAGGAAUGUGGACAGUGGGGGCUUGAUGGAAGAGUUUUAUAGGAUCAAUUGGCUCAAAGCCAGGGCAAGAAGGGACAGAUGGAAAGAAGAAUUGUCAUUGGUCAGGCAUGAGAUGCUUUGGACCACCUUAUGGUUUGAGUUCCAGAGAAACAUAUGGGAGGAAAGGGCAGGGCAAUCCACUGAGCCAGGGAUGGAAGCUUAUGCUAAUAUGCAGAUGGGGUUGUGGGGUGACUUUGCCAAAAAGGCCAGGUUGAUGUUCCAAGGCAAGUUCAAAGAUGCCCAAGGAAAUUCUGACCUCAGGGCUGAGAUCCUGGCCCAGGUGAAGUCCAAGAUCCUUCAGCAUGCAUCUGAGGGAUCUGUGGCAUUGCCACAGAAUUUGAGAGUGGCCAUCAGAAGGAAGUUUCUUCCAGAACUGGACCCCAAUGACCAAGAUGAUGAGGAGAACAUCAUCCAGCACAUCCUGGCUGUAGCAGAAAAGAGGAAGGAAGAGACUGGUGGGGGUGAGGAUGCCAGAGAGGAGAGAAUGAGACCUUUGAAGGCAGGUGACUACAGAAAACCCUUUACUGAAUUUACUGCAGGUCAGCAGCUCUUCAAGGAGGACAUGGAUGCCUAUGAUAGGGAGAGGAGGGAUACCAAGGACCCUGAUACCAUAGGCCAGAGGACCAAAAUCAUCCAACAGUGGUGGGAGUCUGUUUCCAAUGAUAAAAAAGCUGAAGCUGGGAGGGCUGCUGAGAAGUGGAAUAUGUUGGGUGCUCCCAAAGGGACUCAUGAAUCAUAG